ACAAAUUAUUGUUGUUAUUUUCUUUUCUUUUAAGGGGAGAUUUUUCUUGCACAAGCAAAGCAACACGACGCUAGACUAGAGAGUUACACGAACCCACUAACCCACUACGUGUUGAGAGACUGAGCCUUCACUUGGGGCCUUGUAACUCAACACGUGUCAGCAAUGCAAUGCAAUGCUCCUCUUCUUCUUCAAAGCUUAAUUCAAAGUUGAAAACCACAGCACAUGUUUGGGUUCACCCUUUCAGCUAAUUUAUAGAAAUAUCAUCACGAUUCGCAUCACAUCACAGAGUGAGAGAGACCAAAACCUGCACACACAGAGAGAUGGCGGGGAAUGAAGAUUGGAGGAAAACGGCAGACACAACAAAAAUGAGUGCAGAGGAAGUGAAGAGAGCUGGAGUGGAGGCAUCAAAGAGACCCCCUGGUCAUAACCCUGGCGGUGUUCUUCACCAGCGACGCAAGCUUCCCAUUAGCCCUACCGCCAUCGCCAUUACCGGCUUCCUCAUCACCGGCGUCAUCGGCUACUUCACCCUUUACCACCUCAAGAAGCCUGAAGCCUCCGCCGGAGAUGUCGCCAGGGUCGCCACCAAUGUCGCUGAGCCUGAGCAUACUCACCCCAGGAAAUAGUACUCUACUCUAUAGGGCUUCAUUUAAUUAUUUUGAUUUUGAUCAAACGGGGAAGAAGAAACUCCACUAGGCUUGUUGAUGUCUUAUCCUACAUAAGUUCAACACUAGAUAUCUUCUUGUAGUAGUGUAAAAUUUUCGAGUGAUUUGUGUUUGGUGUAGUUCCCACAACAUGUAUUAUAAAUAAAUAACUGAUAUAUCAUUAACCUUAAAGAAUAAAAAUAAAAAGACAUUUCCUUGGCCGCCUCAUGGAAAUACCACCAUGAAAAUCGGAAAAUACAAACAGACGAGUAAGUAAUAAUAAGGUCCCUAAGUAACAAUUGGUAACUCUUGAAAAAUAAACAAAUAGAAAUAUACUCUAACAGAAAUAUGAUCAUGUUGGCUUGUCAUGGUUCAAAAUUGAGCACAAUAAGAUACAUUUUCGAAAAGCACAAUCCAACUUUAAAUUGCAAAAUCUUACACUACUGAGAUAUUUUUCUUGUUGCGUCUUCUGGGGGAGGAGAGCACCGCUCGCAAGCUCCCCUGGGGCUGAGUUUAUUAGUCAAUUUUCACGGAUGAGUAGAUGAGCCUUGUGAACCAAAAGCAAGCAUAAAAGCCGAUGGUACCCGUGAGCACAAAGAAUGCGUAAGAAGCAAUAAGCAUGUAUCCGAAGUAUAACAUCCCUGAUACCAGCUUUGUGAUUUCAAGCUUUGUGAAGAAGUAGAAUGUGGCGUAGAGGAACAGGUACAGCGCUGACGAGCCCGACGUCAGGUACGACCUCCACCACCACAAGUAAUCCUCGCUGCACAACUGGAAGUAGCAGAGCACGAUGGUUAUCUCGGCACAUGUGACGAUGAGGAUGAUGAACACCAAGAAGAGGAAGCCAAAGAUGUAGUAGAACUGGUUCAGCCAAAUUGAAGUGAGGAUAAAGAACAGUUCGAUGAAAACCGCUCCGAAUGGCAGGAUUCCUCCAAUUAGAAUCGAGAAAACUGGGUUCAUGUACCAGGCCUGUUCUGGGAUCUGCCUUGGGAUUUUGUUUGUCUUCACAGGGUCCUCGAGUGCUGGCUUCCUGAACCCAACAUAGCCUCCAACAAAUACAAGUGGGACUGAGAUCCCGAACCAUAAAAAGACCAGGGCAAACAUUGUUCCAAAUGGGACAGCUCCGGAUGAUUUCUGGCCCCAAAUCAAAGUGUUUAAGACAAUGAAAAUGG